GCUGCAGUUUCAGUUGAAGCGUUUCAGGUGAGGAGCCUUACAGCGACAGUUUGUUUUUACAGAUCAGAAGUCAGUGGAUCCAGCAGUCAUGUCGUCGAGGCCCAACGGGAGUCCUCCUCCCUAUGAGUCAGAGGGAUAUCAGGGCCCUCCACAGCCGGCCUAUUCUUACUACCCAGAUGAUGAGUUCCAGCAUUUCUACCGCUGGACGUCUCCCCCAGGCAUCCUCAAAAUCAUGGCCAUCAUCGUCAUUGUGCUGUGCGUGGCCAUAUUUGCCUGUGUGGCCUCCACGCUGGCUUGGGACACUCAGGGAGGCCUUGGAGGCUUUGGGGGCAUCGGGGGCGGCUAUGGUGGGGCUUAUGGUGGCGGCUAUGGCGGCAGCUAUGGUGGAACCUAUGGUGGUGGAUAUGGCAGCUUUGGAGGUGGCGGCUUCGGAGCUGGAAACAACUAUGGCUACGGUGGCAUCGGAGGGAACUACAAUGACCCACGUUCAGGCAAAGGGUUCAUGAUUGCCAUGGCCGCCAUCGUCUUCAUCUUCGCCCUGGUUGUCUUCAUCAUCAUCGUGUCCCACCAGAGCCUGUCGGAGAGCAGGAGGUUCUACCUGGCUGUGGUGAUCAUCUGUGCCAUCCUGGCGCUGCUCAUGCUGAUAGCCUCCAUAGUGUACCUGAUGGCAGUGAACCCCAUGGCUCAGUCCUCUGGGUCAGCCUACGGCAGCCAGAUCGCCGGUCUGUGUGCUCAGUACCAACAACCGCAGACAACAGGAGUGUUCGUCAAUCAGUACCUCUACCACUACUGUGUGGUGGAGCCGCAGGAGGCCAUUGCUGUGGUGUUUGGCUUCUUGGUCACCGCCGCUCUCCUCAUCAUGCUCGUCUUCGCCCUGAAGACUCGCCAGAAAAUCAGAAACUACGGCAAGAGCAACAUUUUGUGGAAGAAAGUGAAGGUGAUCGACGACAUGGCGCCACCUCAGGACGUGGAGGCGUGGGUGAACAAUGUGUCUGCUGCCCCUGAGGAGGUUCCGAUAUCAGACUACCCUGAGAAGCUGAGGGGCUCCAGGAGCUACCUGGAUGAUGAAAGCAACUAUGACAAACCUCCCUACAACUACACCCCUCCGCCUGCAGAUGAGGAUGUGCCUUUGAGGAAUGGGAUUCCUUACAGCACUAACUCAGAGGUAGCAAGUUCUGCUGGACGGCCCAAAAAGAGGCGUGCAGGUCGGCCACGCCGUGCUGAUGGACAGGACUACGACACCGACUAUAACUCCUCUGGAGACGAGCUGGAUGACAACGACUUUGACAGUGAAUUCCCUCCAAUAGCUAAUGAGCAGGAACGCAACGACUACAAGCAGGUGUUCGACCGUGACCACCUGGAGUACAAGGACCUGCAGGCAGAGCUGGACGCCAUCAACAAGGACCUGUCGGAUGUCGACAGGGAGCUGGAUCAGCUGGAGGAGGGAAGCCCACAGUACCUGGAUGCUAUGGAUGAGUACAGCAGGAUAAAGGCCAUUAAAAAGUCCUCCGAUUAUCAGGUGAAGAAGCGCAGGAGUAAAUAUCUGAAGUCCAAACUGAACCAUAUCAAGAAGAUGGUGGCGGAUUACGACCGCAGAGCUUGAACAAAAAAAAGAAGAUUUCGAUGCCUGUCCAAGACGGGACAGAAGAGAAUCGGUCAGGUUUGGCACUCACGGCAUAACUGUAGAGGACGGAGCCACAAUGAUGGCAUUGAAGCCAUGACAGUCUGGUUGUUGGUACCUUAGCAGCACAGAAAACACGUAUCCUGGCUUGUAUUAUGCCACUGUUUGUAUUAUGAUUACCACCUGCUAUAGGUAUUGUUGUAUUUAUUUAUUUUGCUUGAUUGUAUCUGAAUAUAAGUCGAGUAGCAGCGUUCUGCUACUAGACUGUGGAGUGAAUACAAAUUCAUACAUAAUCCCAGUUUUUAUAGGUGUUGCUCCCUUUGUACUGUCUUUUAAUUGUCAUUUUUUAAUCCAUUUUAUUUUAUUUUUUACAAACUUGUAAAUAUGUGGGAUGUUUUUAGGAGUUUAUGGAAGUAAGUUCACGUGUGUGUAUUUAGGUGUUUUUCUUCAUGGAGGGUUAAACCGACAGACACUUUGAGAUGAUUAUGCAUACGUAAUGUACUUUGACAAUGAUUUGUAAUGCAUUUUUAUUUUAAUAAAAUCAUUGAUGACACACUUUA